AUGUCUCAAGAACAAACGGCACCACAAUCUCCAUCCUCAAAUAAACCACGUCGACGUAGUUCGUUUAUUAAACAAUGGGAUAAAACAACCACCGUCGUAAAUGUCAAGCAAAAGUUUUACACCGUAUCCACGGAUAGGUAUACUCCUGCACAAAAAGCAACGUUUACAAAAUGGGUAAACAUUCAAUUACGAACGAUCCCACUUGAUGAUGAAAACGCAAGUAAAAUUCCCGAGAUUACCGCAAUUGAUCAAGAUUUUCGCGACGGGAAACGCUUGAUACAACUAUUGCAUGCACUUCAUCCUAAUGAUCAAGAUCUUCCGAAGCCAGAACGUGGUAAAACGCGUCAUCAUUAUGUUGCUAAUGUCACCAAGGUAUUAAAAUUCUUGGAAACGAAAUUGGAUGAUUCUGGGUUAGCCGCUUUAAAAGCAAUCGGUCCGGUGGAUAUCGUAGAUGGCAAUGUUAAGUUGACCUUGGGAUUGUUAUGGCUGAUGAUCGCAAAACAUCAACAAUUAUCUCAAAUAUUUGAAGUUGAGGAGGAAAGAGCAGGAGAAGAGGAAGAGUUGUUUGGUGAAAACGAAUAUUUACUAAAAGAAAGUGAAAAUACGUAUUGGCCCGAGGGAAGUGUCAGUUCUCCAACUUUAGUGACCUCUCCCAUUUGGGAUAAAUUUUCGGAUCCUCAACCCUCUAGCCCAAAAUCACCAUAUGUUACUCAUAAUGAUCUUUAUGAUCGUAUUGUCUUGUUUGAAAAUCAAGUUACGCAAACUCAAGAACAACUACAGGAACAACAGGAACAAUUACGGAAACAAGAAAUGAUGAGAAAACAUCCAUUAUAUUCAGAAAAAUCGAAAGAUAAAUUAAAUAGAUUGCUUGAGGAAUCAGAUCAAAUGUUUGAAGAACUAAUUGAAAGAGAGGAAACGAAUUGGCAAGAAAUCCAAGGACAAUCAAAGAAUGAAGCGGCGCAACUUAAAAGAACAAAUAUUGAAUCCUUGCCUCCAUUGAAAAUUCCAGCUCAUAACACUCAACAAUCUUCUACCUCAUCAUCUUCCAUUACACUCGAAGAGCAUCAAGAUACAAAAGCUAUCGAACAUCCAUCUUCAAAUAUAUCUGAACAAAAUGAUGAAUUCCGUUCUCAAUCUUCAUCAAGAGAUUCGUCACUAACGGGAGUGACAUCAAUUAGUUCAAAAGAAAUUUCAGAAUUAAUUGGGGAAUCAUCAAAAUCAACUACAAAGGUUAUACGCGCAGAUAAACGAAUGUCUGCUCCUCUUGGAUCACUGCCAUCGCGUAAAAGUGUUCGUCCGCAAUCUACGCGCUUUCAAACUCUGCAUAAACAUCAACGAUCAAAUUCUACGCCGCCUACUUCUAAUUCGUGGUUGAUAUUUUGGCUGAACAUGCAACUUGUUGAUUAUGGAUCUCAAUUGCCAGCUACCGUCUAUCCGAUUGAAGAAUUUAACAGUAUGAAUAAUGGACUGCUAUUAGCUUCUCUUAUUCAUUCUCAUAAUAAAGAUUGGCUUCCAGAGUAUUCUGAAUUAAUAAAAGAAGGUACCACAGGUGACGCUGAAGAUAUCAGAGAAAAAGCGAAAAUUGGAUUAUCAAAAUGUUUUGCGAUCCUUGAAGAGAAAAUGAAUAUACCAAUACCAAAAAUGUUGGUAGAACUAUUGAUAGCAAGCGAAAAUUCCAUCGAAGGAAAUGAAGAGAAAAUUAAUGCUGCGUGGAGUACGUAUGUAUCAGAGAUAUUUCUGACAAUGACUGGUAAAAUCAAACGCGAAAAGCCACAAUUAUCGAGUGUGCAUGAAUCUGGCGAAUCUCUUUCUGAGGAACUAUCACAAACAAUAAGCCCUGAUGAUAAAUUUUUGGAACAAAAAACCAAAGAAAUUGCCACUCAAACUUCUAUCAGAAUCCUUCCGCCCAAACGAAGACCAGUAAUACGAGAACCAUCGAUGGCACCACAAAUAUCAAUUGUCUCUGCAUUAUGGGAAUGGACCUUGAGCUGGAUGUUAAGUGACAAUGAAAAUACUGAUAUCUACGAUGAUUAUUAUGACAAGAGUGAGCAUCGUCUCAAUAAUUAUCAUGAGAAAUCGAGUUUUAGUGGUACUAAUGACUCCUCAUCUACCACAAAUAUACAGACUAAUAACCAUAAUCAAAUGCUAAAUGAGGAUUCAAGAUCCGCGAACAAACGGAUUGAUGAGGGUAGCUAUGUUUCACUCCAAUUACUAACCAGUGUAGAACAACCCUCGCUUUCUACGUAUUGGGACUAA